GAUGUGUCACUGAUGGAGUCUGAAGAAACCAGUGAGGGAGGUACCUCUCCCCGAGAAGCCAGCAGCACCAGUGGGGAGGCCUGGGAUUCUGCAGCAGAAAGAGAGCAUCAUGCACCUCAAGCAUCAGCCAAAAUGAGCACCAGCCCAUCUGACUCUGCAAAGGAAGCAGAGCUCAGCACUCCCAAGGACUGCCUUUCUGCUCUGGGGGAAGCAGCAGAGAUGCUAGGCAGACCAUCUAACCCUGUGCAAAAAGUGCCAGCAGGACUGGGACAAGAGCAAAGUGAUGCAGAGCCUCAAAAAGGACUCUCAGAAUUGGAAGGAGAAAUGCUUUUAGUGGAGGGUGGAAUGGAUUGUUCUCUGAAACUUAAGCAAGUAGAUCUUGUUGACCUGGAAAGCAACCAGGACUCUUCCACUCUCAGCACAGACCAGGAUGAGCCUGCCCCCGGCAGCACCAUCCUGCAGGUUGUGGACCUCAGCACUGAGUUUCCUCAGUGCCAGGCAGAACUGUCUUUUCAUAGCUCAGACUCUCAGGCCCAGCAUCUGAGAAAUCCUUUGGCUAAUGCCAUUUCCUCUCAGAGAGAGACACCUAAGUGCUUCUUGGUGUGUAAAACUGUUUCAGAGGGGCAUUAUAAGGCUGAACCAUUUCUAGAUAAGAUCUCCACAGGUUCUUUGCAGGAUGUUGAUGCUGGUGCAGAGCAGAAGCAAAGCAGCAAAAAAGUGGCACCAGCAACUGAUGAGCAGCCUACCUCAGAGGAAGAAGUAGAGGACAUGACUAAACCUUACACUUCCAAAGAUGCUAGGGAAAGCAUAAGAGCACUCCAGGGUUUGGAAGAGAAUAGAGAGUUGUCUUCUUUCCAUCAGUUGUCUUCCACCUUAACAGAUGACAGCCAAAUGAGUACACUGCAAGCAGAAGGAAAUAUCUCAGGUGGUGAAACAAGUAAUAGCAGCAUGGUCAAAGACCAAGGAACAGUAACGGUUCCUGGAGAAUACUCAUCCACUUCCAAAUGCCAGCAUCUUGAAGAUGAUCAUAGAAAAACAGAGGGUAGAUGUGCCUCUCCAGCAGAGUGUGCCUUCCAAGAAGAGGAGAAGAAAGAGUGCAAAGAGCAGAAUGUGCUGGAAAAAGGAAAAUCUUUGGAACCUAAAGACUGGAAAAACAAGGAACGAAAUGAGCAGGAACAACAACUGCAGAGGGAAGAGCUUAGACUGGAGGCUCUGUCAUCAUCUUUUAGACCAGGGAUAUCUUCUGUUCCCAGGCAGAAUGUGGGCUUAUGUGAGUUAGAGAAUGUGUUUCUGGCUGAGCAAACAGGAUCAGCAUUUCCUUCUGAGGAACUUGUCUCUGUGGAUCAGUGUCCUAGUGAAGAUGUAGUGCUGAAAGCUCAUGUCACAGAAGCAGGUUCUGGAUGUCAGCCACCCGUUAUCAGCCCUCUGUCCUCAAAUAACCUCAACCCAGUGGGUGAAACUCCAGUGGCACCUCCACACACAAGCUAUGUUUCUGACCAGGCAGAAGACCUAGAAGACUCUGGCCGCUUUUCCAUCGGUGGCCAGGAUAUUGGAGAAGCUGACUGGGAUGACAGGACAAGACUAGGCAGGGAGGAUAAGCACAGUGAUGGGCAUAGAAAGGCUGUCCAGAGGUUUGAUAAAAGAGAUGCACCACGCCAUGGAGGAGUGACAGCACCUUCUAGCGCAGAGAACCCAGAGGCUUGUGUUCCAGCACAUCCUUCCUCUGGUAGCAAGAACCAAGAGCCACCUGAUCCCAUAGAUCCUCAUCCCGUUAGAGAAAAUUUGGGAAAAGCUGAGCUUCAGAACUUCAUUCCAGCUUUACCCUCAGAACUCACCUCUGUGGCUUCAACAUCUGGCCCACAGCAAGAGGGUGCUAGUGGAACAGCCUCUGUGACCCCUAAGGACUGUCCUGCCACCAACCUGAACAGACUGCCAGACUCUGUAGAGAAGCCACCCCACCAAGCUGCUUCUGUACGAGUGCGGGACACAACACUGGGGGAAACAGCUGUUGUAAGUACUGAUCCAGAGGAGGCCAAUGCUUCCCAUGAACUCCUUACUUCUGAGGAAGGCUUUCAUGAAGACCUUAGUGGCUCAUCUUCUUUCUCUGUAAUAGACAUGAACUGUCUUCUAGAGGGAAGCCUUCCUGAGGAUAGAAGGACUGUGGCUAUCAUUGCAGGGCUUCUGGAACCACCCCAAACACCAGGCAGGACUUCCACUCCCCUGAAUCACCCAGAGACAAUUCAGCAAACCCCCUUAGAAAAAAGUGCCAUUAUUCAAGAGAAAGAAAUGAGAGCAAAUGUGGAUCAUGAAGCACAAAAAAUACCUUUGCUUGAUCAGCCUGACUGCAGUUUAAACCAAAAAGAGCCUAGAUCCAGAAUUUCCAGUGUCCUUGGCAUCCUAACUUGGCCCUCUGAAGAAGAUACGGUCCUUGCCGUGAACCAGCAAGAACAAUCUCUGUCCCCUGUGUCCCACUCAAGCCUACCUCUGGUGUCUGAGCGUGAUGCCAAAUGUCUUCCUCAUCCUCCUUCCCAUGUCAAAAGCCCUAGUCAAGCUCAGACUCCUGCACUUACUGCAGAUCACCUUGCUCAACCUCCAGCCCUUGAAAGUUACCAGCCCCUGGCUCCUGUAUCCUUCUCCAGGCCACACCUCAACUGUGGUAUGGACAAUAAUAAGUUACUAGCCAUUCACCCUACUAUAAGCCAUCCUCUCCGAACUGUUGCCUCUGUGUCUGAUUCUAACAGUGUGGCCCCUGCUCCUGAUAGAGAAGAUGUAGCAGAGAAAGGUGACUUUGUUCCAGUAACUAGAGAGUGGGAUCUUGGUGACUCAGGUACCCACGAUACAGAGACUUCUGAUGAUUCAGGGGUCAGUUUGUUGGCCAAAAGCUUUUCUGCUUUUGGAAAUGAAGUGUUGGCUGGCAGCUCUGACACCAGCCCUGAAACAGUAGACCAGCAAAUGGAUAUACAGUGUGAAAAAUCCUCACCUGACCACCCUUCUUGGCCCUCACUGGAAGGCCUGAUAACAUCCACAGACUCCAAGAGUAGAGACUCCACACAGCCACUCCCAAUGCUAGCAUUCACCAAUCCAAUCCACUUCCUCCAGCUCAGCCCUCCAUCACCACCAACCACCAGAACAACCUGCCAAGAAGAGGAGGUCUUCGAGGAGCUGAGAUGGGAGCAACAGGCAGGCAUCUUUGGUGAGGAUACAAAGAACAUCCAAGCUCCAUUGACAAUCACAGAGAAAACAGAAGGUGGGAGGAGGGUCAGGCAAAGGCUGGGAGGAGAAAGAAGAGAACACCACUUGGUAGCUCAGCCAAAGGAGGAAAUGCCCAGACAUUCACCCUUAGAAAAAUCAUCAAGUUGGCCAGAUAAAAAAACGGUCAGGGUAGUUGCACAGGAGCCAGCAGCCAGUCAAGAGCACCUAAUUAAGCGUCGAGUAAAAAGCAAGGACUGGCACCGGCAGGGCCUGAAGAGGAUGUCGGUACCACCAGACAUCUUACAGGAAAUCCCUUCUGUUGCUUCAGAGGAAGAAGCUCACAAGGCACACAGGGAACCACCAGUCAGUUCAGAAACAGUUGUAUUGCGAGAGAAGAAACCUGCAGAUGCAAUGGAGAACUUCAAACGCCGGCAUUCCAAACUGAUCAACUCUUCAAGAUUGCUGUAUCAGGAGUAUAGUGAUGUGGUUCUAAACAAGGCCAUUCAAAGCCAGAAAAGAGUGGAUUCUUUCGCAGAGGAUAUAGAGUCAAGUUUCCCAAGCUCCCCAAGGCUACGGAGGAAAGUGCUGUCUCCCCAGGACUCGUAUUUGCAACGUCUGUCAGUCUCAUCUAAUGCGUCCCUCUGGCAGGACAUCCCCAUGAUACGGGGCAGCAGAAUGCUACUCAAUAUGUCCCGUGAUGAGCAGAAGCUGCAAGAGGCCAAGUUUGAGUUGAUAAUGUCUGAGGCUUCAUACCUGCGCAGUUUAAAUGUGGCAGUGGAUCACUUCCAGCGAUCAGCAGAGCUCCAAGCAAUGCUCACCAAUCAAGAGCGUCAGUGGCUUUUCUCCCGCCUUCCUGAUGUACGCGAUGUCAGCGCCAGUUUCCUCUUUGACUUGGAGGAGAAGUUUGAGGAGGACAUGUUCACCUUCCAUGUGUGCGAUGUGGCUCUGAAACAUGCCCCCGAGUUCCGCAGGGUGUAUCUACCAUAUGUAACAAACCAGACAUACCAGGAGCAAACCUUCCAGCGGUUACUAAAUGGAAAUGCAGGGUUCCAGCAAGUCCUGGAGAGACUGGAAAGUGAUCCAGUAUGCCAGCGCCUCUCACUCAAAUCCUUCCUCAUCCUCCCUUUCCAGCGCAUUACUCGACUCAAACUCCUCCUACAGAAUAUCCUGAAAAGAACUCGGCCGGGAUCUGAGGAGGAAGUGCAAGCAACACAAGCAUAUGAUGCACUUGAAAAGCUCAUCAAGGAUUGCAAUGAAAAUGUCCAGCGCAUGAAGAGCACUGAAGAGCUGAUCUACCUCAGCCAGAAGAUUGAGUUUGAGUGCAAGAUAUUCCCACUCAUCUCACAGUCGAGGCGACUUGUGAAGCGUGGUGAGUUGACAGCACUGGACUUCAACACCCUAAGUCCAAAAUGGAAAGUCACCACCCGUCCCAUCUACCUACAUCUUUUCAAUGACUGUCUGCUCUUGUCUCGGCCGAAGGAGGGUGGACGUUUUGUUGUGUUUGAUCAUGCCGCUUUCUCAGAUGUGCGUGGGGAGAAGUGCGAGAUGAAACUGCAUGGAACAAACAAAAAUGUUUUCCGUCUCUUUCUACUUCAGAAUUACCAGGGAAAGAGAGUGGAGUUUUUGUUUCGUACAGAGACACACAGUGAGAAGCUGAGGUGGAUUUCUGCUUUGGCUCCUCCACGAGGAGAACUGGACCUCCUGGAAUGUCCUGAUGCACCACAGGUUCAAUGCAUAAAGACUUACAAGGCUCGGGAAAAUGAUGAGCUGGCUUUGGAGAAAGCAGAUAUCAUCAUGGUUAUGCAGUACAGCAAUGAUGGAUGGAUGGAAGGAGUAAAACUUUCAGACAGGGAGAGAGGCUGGUUCCCCUCAGAACACGUGGAACUCAUCUCCAGCAAACAUGCACGGCAGAAGAACCUGAAGGAGGAACAACGUGUGAAAAAUGCCAAGCAGCAGGUCUUCUGCAAGAAAUAAGACUCUACUUUGUUUGGACCUGUACAGUCUCCCUGCCAUGGGGAACUCAUCUUUUUUUCUAUAGUGCCUCACAAGAAACACAUCUGCGAAGAGCAUCAUAUAGCACUUUGACAAAACCAGGUGCUUUUUGCCAAAGAAAGUGGG